CCCGAACAUGACAACCCUGAUCCCGAACUUGCUAGCGCUCAUGCCAACACUGAGCCAGAACAUGCCAACGUUGAACCCGAAUUAGAUGUCAACCCUGAGCCAGAACAUGCCAACGCUGAGCCCGAACAUGACAACCCUGAACCAGGAUCUGAAAACCCAGAGCGCGAAUUUGAGCCCGGUUGUAACUUUUUAUUUUUAUACGAAAAAAUCUUACAGCUGGAAGAAAAAAAUAAACAAUUUGAAAAACGAAUAAUUGAUUUGGAAGAAGAAUCAGAUAGAAAAAAAAGAAAAAUUGUCAUUAUAGACUAG